AUGGCACCGAAGAAAGGAAAGAAAACUGCCAAAAAGACUUCAAGUACGACCACUGCUGCAUCGGACGAUUUAGAUGACUUGUUGAAUGAGUUUGUUCCUAGUAGUAUGAUACAGAAGGAGGAACAGAAGGUGAUAUAUGAGAAGAAACAACUGGACGAGAACAAGAAACAAGAGAAGGACGUGAAUGCUGCUGCUGCUGCUUACUUGGCGUCUCUUGGUGUCGCCCCAGUCGCUGAUGGAGAGAAAAAAGACGAUAAGAAGAAGAAGAAAAAAGGAAAAAAGAAACUUAAUACGGACACGAAGAAGGAUGAUGAGAAGAAGCCCAUGUCUGCUGCGGCCAAGGCACUGAUGGAGCGACAGGCAGCUUUAAGGGCUGAGCAGGAGCGCCUAGAGCAAGAACGUUUAGAGCAAGAGCGUAUUGCUCAGGAGGAGGAAGCCAAACGGUUGGCAGAAGUUGAGGCGGAGGAGGAGAUUCGCCGCAAGAAGAAGGAGGCGCGCGCCGCCAAGAUCGAACGGCAAAAGAAGGAAGGCACGUACAUGACUAAAGCCCAGAAGCAAAAGGCGGCAAAAGCUCAGGCAGCGUUGGAGGCCAUGCAUCAGGCAGGUCUCGUGCCGGAAUCUGCUGGUGAGAAAAAGACAGUCGUGUACUCGGACAACAAGAAGAAGAACAAUAAUAAUAAUAAGAAUAACAUGGAUAAGCCAAAGAAGGCUGAGCCAAGCGUUUUUAUGGAGGAGGAAAUUGAUGACAGAGAUGCGACGGAGGACGCUGUAGAGGAACAGGAAGUGGCGGCUGAAGCUCCAGACGCGUGGGAUGAUGAGGAUUGGGAGACGAGCGAUGUUGUGGCCUCGCUUGAAACUAAAUUACAGGAGGUUAAAGAUGAAAGUGAUGCUCGUGAGAGCGAAAGUGACGGCGACGAAGACCUUUUGGUACUGGAGCAGAAGAAGGUGCAAGAGCGUCUGCGUCAGCAAGGAAUUGCACUGAAGAAGCGUCAGGAAGAGCAGGCCGAGCAGAUGCGACUGGAGGCUGAAGAGCUGCAUCAGCGCUCAAAAGCUAAACUCGAGGCUGAUCGCAAAAAGAAAGAGGCUGCUGAUCGUCGUCGCGAGCGUGAGGCCGCCGCACGAGCCAAUGUGUCGUUGGACAACUUGCGCUCACCUAUUUGCUGUAUCAUGGGUCACGUCGAUACCGGAAAAACGAAACUGCUCGACAAUAUACGCAAAACCAAGGUGCAGGACGCUGAAGCCGGUGGAAUAACCCAGCAGAUUGGUGCAACCUUCUUCCCCGUAGAAGCUAUAAAACAAAAGACAGCUCGUCUCAAUGAGACAAUGAAGCUGGAGUUCCGCCUGCCUGGCCUGCUUGUGAUCGACACACCUGGUCACGAGUCGUUCACAAAUCUUCGUAAUCGUGGUUCAUCUCUGUGUGAUAUCGCGAUUUUAGUGGUUGACAUUAUGCACGGUUUGGAGCCGCAGACCCUGGAGUCACUCCGCUUGCUGCGCCAAAAAAAGGCACCAUUUGUCGUCGCACUUAACAAAAUUGAUCGUUGCUAUGGCUGGAAGACAACGCCCGACAUGCCCGUUCAGGAGGCACUCAAGCUCCAGAAUGAGCACGUCAUUCGCGAGUUUGAGGACCGUAUGAAAGCAAUUAUUGUGGAAUUUGCCGAGCAGAAGUUAAACGCCGAGGUUUACUGGCGCAAUAAAGAUUUGGCGCACACGGUCUCGCUCAUCCCAACCAGUGCUAUCUCCGGCGAGGGUGUGUCUGAUCUGCUGAUGAUGCUGACUCGAUUAACACAGGAGCGUAUGGCGAAGUCAUUGGCGUUUGUCGAUAUUUUGCAAUGUACUGUGCUUGAAGUAAAGGUGAUAGAAGGUCUCGGCACAACGAUUGAUACGAUUUUAGUGAAUGGUACACUAGAAGAAGGGGCUACUAUCGUUGUGUGUACAUUGGAUGGGCCUGUUGUAACAACCAUCCGCUCGUUGCUGACUCCGCACCCUAUGAAAGAAAUUCGUGUUAAGGGUGAGUACAUCCACCAUCAAAAGAUGCGAGCUGCGAUGGGUGUGAAGAUUUGCGCACAGGGUUUGGAGAAAGCUGUUGCUGGCACACAGAUCUACGUGGUUGGCCCUGAUGACGAUGUCGAGGAGCUGAAGGAUUUGGUUAUGUCCGACCUUACUGGUAUUUUGGACUCAGUGAAGGCUACCCGCCGCGGUGUGAUGGUUCAGGCUUCUACUCUUGGUGCUUUGGAGGCACUUCUGGAGUUCUUGCGAACGUGUGACCCGCCCAUUCCUGUAUCUUCUGUCAACAUCGGUCCCGUGCACAAGAAGGAUGUUAUGCGAGCUUCUGUUCAGCUCGAGCACCAGCCCGAAUUUGCUACAAUUCUAGCGUUUGACGUGAAGGUCCACAACGACGCAACUGAGCUGGCAUCUGAGCUUGGCGUGCGCAUUUUCACGGCUGACAUUAUAUAUCACCUGUUUGAUCAGUUUACGGCAUACAUGGACAACUUCCGUAGUGCUCGUCGCGAGGAAUUUGAGGAGGUUGCUGUGUUUCCUUGCGUGCUCAAGAUCCUCCCUAACUGCGUCUUUAACAAGAAGGACCCGAUUAUUCUUGGUGUCGACAUUGAAGAGGGUAUUCUCAAGGUUGGUACGCCUCUUGUGGUGCCGUCCGCUGGCGGCUUUUUGGUCGGUAAGGUGGGAUCUAUCGAACGUGAGCACAAGGAAGUGGACCGCGCUAAAAAGGGUGCAUCGGUGGCCGUUCGAAUUGACAAUGAAGGUAGCGUCAUGUAUGGCCGUCACUUUGACCACAAAAACAAGUUGGUGUCACGCUUGACCCGUCAGAGUAUUGACGCGCUGAAAGAAAAUUUUCGAGAAGAUCUUCAGAAGGAGGACUGGCAGCUUGUCAUCAAGCUCAAAGCAGUGUUUGAUAUCAUUUAG